GAAGGGCAGGCCCUGUCUCGUACGCUCGGGCUUCAGUGCGUUGCGACUCCGUCUCGUCGACAGGGCUAGGAACGCGUUACAAGCUUGUCGGCAGGGCAGACCUGACCCUACUGCCCCAAUGGGCAACUUGGUCGCGCGCGUGUUCCGGACAUCUCUUGGACAAAAGGCACACUUACCGAACUUGCACUUUCCCCUCUUCCUCUUCUGAGUGAGAGCCACAUGUCCGGCAUCUCACACCCCACUCCCAAAGCACUUCACCACAACACAUUGUACUCACCACCGCACCCACCGUCCACCAUGUCCCACCUACACGCCCAAAUGAGCCCCGCCUUCGAAGAAGGCCACGCGCUGGUCGCCACCCUCCUCGAGAGCCUGAACCCGGCACACGAAACGGCGCUGAUCCGCAACAUCGAUAGCCUGAACACCAAAGCGGCCGAAGCGAUGGGCGAGGUUGAAGAGAGUAUGAAGGGGACGUUACGAGCACUCAGCAAACACCAUGCCCACCUGACCGCGUCCACCGCGCUCCCCAAACCCACCGCAACCACCGAAACCCACAGCGCGCGAAUGAUCAGCAUGGAUCGGGCCAAAUCCAUGCUCGCCAAGCAGGCGGGCGAGCUAGACGAGACGAUCGAGGGGUUGGAGGCGCAGUUGGCGGAGUUGGAGGGGGAGGUUGAGGGUCUGAGGAGGGAGGAGGAGGACGAGAGGGUUGUGCCGCCCAGUCGGGAGCAGUUGUUGCUGACGAUCUUCCGGGGCCUGGGGAUCGAGAUGCAGAAGGACGCUAUGGGGAAGUUUGUCAAGUGUCAAGUUCGCAAACCAAACAGCGCGGAAAAAGAUAUCUACAUCCAGGAGUUUGCAGACAAGUUCUCGCGAUAUUACUAUGCUAACGUGCUGUGGGAUGCUUGUUUUUGAGGGGGAUCUCAUGUUCAGGCCGCUCUUGUAAUCUGCACUUGUAUUUUGUACAGUAUUUUUUGGGACUAUAGACAGUAUCCGAGAAGAGGACAACCCGCUACAGGGGCCAACCGAUUGAUGAUGUUGGGUUCAUUGCCCGUCUGAUUUGGGCUUCGCGAUGGUGGGUCCUUCUCCCGGUCGAGCGAGGAGAGCGAGGACAGCCAUGGACGCCAGUGUGUUUGCUUAUAGCG